UACCACUCCUCUCAUAACGGUACCUCUUCACCUAAAGCCAACCAAACAACUACUCAAGAUGUUCCAGACUGUCCCUCAGAUCUACACACCUCAAUCGUCUCCUUCCCCUCCAACAGACAACAUGCUCUCUCUUCCUCUAGUCACAGCAGUUCCUACCGGUCCCAAAGGUCAACCUAAGCCCAGAAAGAUGCGAGCAUCCUGUGAUGCUUGCUCUCGUGCGAAGGUCAAGUGCGACAAGGUUCGACCUACCUGCCAACGCUGUGGCAACAUGAGCAUCUGUUGCAACUACUCUCCUUCGAUGAGAUUAGGCAAGCCGCGCAAGAACAGGAACCCUGACGGCAGCAUUAUUCGCGACAUCACAAGAGCUAGCUCAUGUGGACCUUUUGGAUCCAGACCCGAGAUUGCUCCCCGAAUUGCCUCAUACACUGUGGAAAGCUCACCGGAGCCUGUGGUAGACCCGUUCUAUCUCCGCCCCUCGACGCCUAACUUCCAGUUCCAAGAUCCUUUUACGAACAAUUUCGAUGGCAACCAGUCUCCUCCAUACUCAGAAGCCAGCUGGUCGAACGAGGAUCCAAUAAUAUUUCAGCACUCAACGGAUAUGAUGGUCUCUAUGCCCCAGUUCGCUCCUCUCUCGCCAUACAAUGGUGCUGGGCAUGUUCGCUCCACAAGCCUGCAAAGCCAGCCAGACUUUCUCGCCCCCAUAGACAACGGCAUGAUUUCGCCACCAAUGGCCAGUCCACUUCUCUUCGGCCUACAAGAUCAACAGAGUCUUCCCAUAUUCGAGCCUGAGACAUUCACGCUAUCUCCGCCCUUGAUCGCGGCGCCCCAGCCUAGUCCAGCCCUUCCUGCUCCAGUUCAGAAUCACGACUGCACCCAGUUCGCAUUUCAGAUUCUGAACAGCCUCUAUUCGCCACCAUCGUCUCAGCCUGUCUUCGAUGACUUCAACGGCACUGCUGACGGUCUUCCUACCCUUGACGCCGUCCUGUCGGCCAACAAGGCUGCAGUCGAGAGUCUUUCAGCUCUCCUCGGCUGCCCUUGCUCGGCGAACCCACACUUCUCCACCACUAUCGCCUUCUCCAUCACCAAGAUCCUGUCUUGGUACCAAGCCAUCGCUGGCGUCGCUCAAGACAUUGUCUCCCCUAUCAACUCUCGCAUGGAAGCUUUCACACACACUCCCAUCCUCCUGGGCGAUUUCAAACUCGAGGUCGAGGACGAAGAGACCUUCAGAACACAGAUCAUCCUCAAUGAGCUUAAAAAGGUGGAGAAGCUCAUCAACAUGUUUUCCGAGUGCUACGGCAAGAAUUCCAAUGAUGGCAUUGACUCCGGUGUCUACACAUCUUUAGAGUCAUUGCUCCGCACACGCGUGCGUGAUACUUUCAGAGUUACCAUGCGCACUGCACCAGUCGAUGUGAAGCGUCAGGUCGCUUCUCGUACGCAGAACCGCAUGCGCGUCAACACAUUGUAAAACCUCUCCUUUGCCAAAAUCUGCUGCAUUUCAGCGCUUCGAUACCCUCACUAAGCAUAUUCUCUCUUCUUGCGUUUCUUUUUCUCUUCCCGCGAUCGAGCAAUGUUGCUCUCGUUUGUAUUGUAGACCUGGCUAUUGCAUGCAUAUCCAAGACGGACACCAGGAGGCUUGUUGGGGUUUCUGUACGCAUGAAGCAUUCAUCUCUUACUAUCAAUCAUAUCUGGCGUCUCGAGUUGAGCAUUUCUGACAUCCAUGUACAUACCUUCAACAUACCACACUCGCAAUACAUUGGGCGCGUCUGGUUUUACAAAUCAAGCAAG